UUAGCCUUGGUAGCAGGCGGACACGCGCAACUGGUUGCGCCUCGAUGUCGCUCACCGGGGAAUCCUAAUUUCACUGCAGUCAUACUUCGAUUUUAGAUUCGAGUCCCUGUCAAUGAGGAGUAUUUCAUUUGUCUUAUGAGAUUCUAACUCUUGGACACAAACUGACCAUGAUACACGGCAAACAUGGCUCUCCUGAGGGAUGUCAUGACCAUCAUGAUUAAUAAACGGAAUACCCUGGCACUCGUGCUCCUGUUUGGAACUUGCGUGGUCGUUCAGCACUUUCUGUUUCAUGGGAUGUAUUCACCGCCGAUGGACGAUAUGGCGGUGGCGUUCAGACUCCGACAGACACUGGUAAGCAAGCCAGUGAGUCUAGACAGGACUAGUCAAAACAAAUCAGAAACAAUCAGAACUGGCCAAAACCAGUCAGAAAAGCUGGUGCUCAUAAAAACUGAGACAGUAAAAUCGAUCCACAAGCGAGCGAGUGAUCCGAUUCUUGCCCAUAACGCUACGCCAAUACCAUUAGUCAACCAAGUCAGCCCUCAGGACUAUUACAAACCAAGGUCAACCAAGGUCCAUCGCCACGACUUCCGGUUGUUGAAGCAGCCAUCUGGUUGUAACGGAAGUCGGCCAUUUUUAUUGAUACUGGUGCUAUCAGUCCAUGAACAUUUGGACAGGCGGACAGUUAUUAGAAAAACGUGGGGUGGGGCAGCUUUGAAUGGGACUUGGCCUCACAGACCACAGGAUGGGAAAUUCACUGUACGGGUUUACUUCUUGUUUGGAAAACAUAAAGGAGGGAAUAGAACGUUGGAAAGUGCUUUAGAAAAAGAAGCCACAGCCCACAAUGACAUCAUACAGGAGGAUUUUGUCGAUACUUACGAAAACUUACCAAAGAAGUCAAUUAUGGGAUUAAAAUGGGCCAGCGAACACUGCACAAGUGCGGCAUAUAUCAUGAAAACAGACGAUGAUACCUUCAUAAAUCUGGGGCCAUUGGUGACUUAUAUCAAAGCAAACAAAGAAGCGCCAUCAAAAGUGAUAGGAGUUUACUGUCCGCGGUCUGUUGUGAUUCGAAGUGGGCGAUGGGGUGUGUCGAAGCAGGCCUACCCCUUUGCCAGAUACCCUCCAUACAUUGCCGGUGGCCCCGGUUACAUCAUGCCCGCCCAUUUUGCCCAUGUGCUGUUUAACUUGUCUGAAUACAUUCCUGAAGUCAAGAUGGAGGAUGUCUACGUCACUGGCAUUCUGACAAAAGCGAGUAAGACGAUAAAUGUUGGUGGUGCACGAGGCUUUCAGGACAGCUCUAGGAAGUUUACCAAUGUGUGCGGUUUGGUCAGCCAGUCGCCGGUUCUGGCAGUGACACAACUACAUGCAGACACGAUCAGAAGAUUCUGGGAUUUUGUUGCAACGCAUAAAAGUUGCUAAGAGAGCUUAGAUUUGUUUCCACAUAUAUUGAGUUAAAUUUUUGAACGUAUUCAGGGAUGCGUUUGCUUUUACGUAAUAACGCAAGGCAUCGAAGACAUGCAUGCACUUCGUGAUUUCAGGAUAUCGCCAUAGUCGCUUGAUUGAGGACCCCUCCCCCCCCCAUUAUUGACAGAGAUGGGAACUCAAAUUCGUAGGCCUACGUUAUAGUUGGAAACAGAGAUGCGAGACUUCUCUAUUACACUUGGUCGAUAAGAGCUGUCUGCAUCUGGUUCCGUCCAAGCAGAAGCGCCCAUGUGAUGUGGUGCAUUAUGGUACAUCGACAACCAAUGGCUCGUGGCCGUCUGGAAGGACGACUCUAGUCGAGCGUAUGGUAACCGACGCUUCAAGU